UUAAGUAUCAUUUUUACGUUGUAGCCUAUUGAACGUCUGAGUGGAGCUAAUGUAGACCUUUAAUUAAUACUUUAUACUGUCGAGUAAACUACAACAAUAUAUUAAAUGUCGGUUAAAAGUACUGGAGUAAAAGUACUGGAGUAAAAGCAUAAAGUACUGUAAAAUGUAAAUACUCCAAGUACAGACGUGUGCAUGUGCUGCUGUGUGCGAGCUGUCGCCCCAAAACAUCCUCAAAAUGUGUUCCUGAUGAUAAAAUGAGUUCCACUCUUCAUCCACCUCUGAAUGUAGAGACACCACGUCCUUAUGGAAAUGUCCCGGCGAGGCCCCUCCCUGUCCGGGUGACAUCAGCCGGAGCUCGGCUGCUCCUCCAGGAGGACGCGGUGAAUCCGCGCACACAUCCAGCAGCUGCAACAGGGGAGGGAGCUCCACGGAAACUGCGCCUGCUCGGCUCUUAUCGCUCUUUUCAUGGGACAAAACAAGACGUGUUCUCCCCUAGGGAUUUUACCAGUUAACAGAAAUUCAACUUCGCUGAUGCCAAGUCCGGGUUCUCUCCAAAGGCCUGGCACCUCUACUCUGCCACAGAUUGUCUAUGAGAGAUGACACGAGGCUGUUGACACCUGACGGGGCCAGUAGUUAAGGGAAACCCAUUUGAGUAGCCGGAACACAGUGACGGGUCCAAACAUGGCUGCCCAUCGAAUCAGAACCACCACCAACAACAACACUUCUCUCCCACGCUGCAAGUCUGAGGGGACGCUCAUCGACCUCAGCGAAGGAGUGUCAGAAGCCAGUCUCACUGAUGUCAAAGUGCCUUCUCCCAGUGCCUUACGGCUGGACGCGACCGCCUCCUUUGGCGCUGCCAGGGAAGUCGUGGCUAUUAAGGACUACUGCCCAUCCAGCUUCACCACCCUAAAAUUCUCUAAAGGGGAUCGCCUGUAUGUUCUGGACUCGUCAGGAGCAGAGUGGUGGUACGCCCACAACAACACAGAGAUGGGUUACAUCCCUGCAGCUUAUGUGCAGCCGAUCAACUACAGAGACUCAUCCUUCAGUGACAGUGGGAUGAUUGACACUGUGGGAGACUGUAAUGAGGAGGCAGCUACAGAAAUGGAACUUUUAGGAGAGUGGGCAGGGGUGAUACUGAAACCAACCACCUUCCAAAAUGGAAAUCCUUUUGUAACAACCCAUACCUCUACGAACCCUUUCCUACAUGGGGGUCCUCAGAGCCCACUUGAUCAAAACAGUAAUGAGAAAUCAGUUGACCUUCUUCUGUUUGAUACGGUCACUCCAUCAGUGCCCACCUCCACCAGAAGCACUUCUGACAUCAGUGGUGUUUUUAACUUGAACUCUCUUAGUCCCACGGUAGGGGUGGGGCAAACACUGCGCAGGGACAACCCGUUUUUCAGAAGCAAACGGUCUUACAGUCUGUCUGAGCUGUCCAUCCUUCAGGCUCAGUCUGACACUCCCCAAGCCUCCACCGGUUUCUUUAGAGGCCUUAAAGCACCGGUGCCUGAGCAGUUCCAGAGCAGGGAGGAUUUCCGGACAGCGUGGCUCACCCACCGCAAGCUUGCCAGGUCCUGCCAUGACUUGGACACACUGGGUCAAAACCCAGGCUGGGGCCAAACACAGCCAGUGGAAACCAACAUUGUCUGUCGACUGGACAGCUCUGGAGGGGCCGUCCAGCUUCCAGACACUAACAUCAGCAUCCAUAUACCUGAGGGCCACGUGGCCCCAGGGGACACCCAGCAGAUUUCACUCAAAGCUCUGCUCGACCCACCACUUGAGCUAAACAACGACCGCUGCACCACCGUCAGCCCUGUGGUGGAGAUUAAACUCAGCAACAUGGAGACCAAGACCACUGUUACCCUGGAGAUGAAAGUGUCUGUGGUGGUAAAAAUGGAGAGCAGGCAGACAACUGAAGUCUUAUGUGUCAGGAGUGAUUGUAAGGAGGGACCUUACACUCCCAUUCCUCAGGCGUACAUGUACGGAGACAUGGUCCAGGUGUGCCUGGAUAACCUAGAACCCUGCAUGUAUGUGUGUGUCGUGGCUCAGUCCCAGUCCAUAUCUCCAGACUCCACAGUUUGGGAGCACGUUGUUAAAAAAAUUACCUUAGGUGUAUAUGGCCCCAAACAUAUUCACCCGUCCUUCAAGGCAGUCGUGGCUAUGUUUGGCCACAAUUGUGCCCCAAAGACACUAUUGGUGAGUGAGUUUGGCAAGCAGACGCAGUCUGCACCACCAGUAGCACUGCAGCUCUGGGGUAAACACCAGUUUGUCCUGACCAGACCCCAGGACCUCUGUGUUGGAGUUUACUCCAACAUGGCCAACUACGAGGUAAAGGCUAGUGAACAGGCCAAAGUGGUCCGGGGCUUCCAGGUUAAACUAGGCAAAGUUAGCAGGCUCAUUUACAUUAUUACCUCACGCACCACUGAUGAUGUUUCUGAUUUUACCUUAAGAGUCCAAGUCAAAGAUGACCAAGAUUGUAUACUUGCUCAGUUUUGUGUCCAGACACCAACACCUCCUCCCAAAGCAGGCCCAAAGACAUUAGUGCAGCGACGCUUCCUGAAGAAGAAGGAAGUUGGAAAGAUAGUCCUGUCUCCUCUCGCCAUUGCCACCAAAUACCCUGUUUUUCAGGACAGGAAGAUAAACAACCUGAAGUUUGGAAAAUUAAUCAAAACUGUCAUCCGACAAACAAAAAAUCAGUACUUGCUUGAGUACAAAAAAGGAGACUUUGUAUCUCUAAUGAGUGAGGAUAAGAUCAAGCUGAAGGGACAGCUAUGGACAAAAGAAUGGUACAUUGGAUAUUAUCAGGGCAAAUUGGGACUUGUCCAUGCAAAGAAUGUGCUGGUGGUUGGCAAAGUUAAGCCCAUUUAUUUCAGUGGGCCUGACCUUAUGACUUCACUGUUACUGGAGCAGAUCCUGAGGCCCUGCAAGUUCCUCACUUACAUCUAUGCCUCUGUAAGAACUAUACUGAUGGAGAACAUCGGCAGCUGGCGGGCGUUUGCGGACGCCCUCGGAUACAUCAACCUGCCCUUGACGCAUUUCUGCCGCACAGAGCUGGACAGUGAGCCCGAGAAGGUUGCGUCAGUGCUGGAGAAGCUGAAGGAGGACUGCAACAAUACAGAGAGCAAAGAGAGGAAGUCCUUCCAGAAAGAACUCCUGACGGCUUUGUUGAAGAUGGACUGUCAGGGCCUCGUCGCCAGGCUGGUCAUGGACUUUGUCCUGCUGACCACAGCUGUGGAGUUGGCUGGGCGCUGGAGGGAACUGGCUGAGAGGCUGGCCAAGGUUUCGCGCCAGCAGAUGGAUGCUUAUGAGGCACCGCAUCGUGACAGGAAUGGGGUGGUGGACAGCGAGGCCAUGUGGAAGCCGGCGUAUGAUUUCCUGGUCACAUGGGCUGCCCAGAUCGGCGACAGCUACAGGGAUGUGAUCCAGGAGCUGCACAUGGGCUUGGACAAGAUGAAGAACCCAAUCACCAAACGCUGGAAGCACCUGACUGGCACGCUCAUCUUGGUUAACUGCCUGGAUGUGCUGCGGAGCUCUGCCUUCAGCCCCGCCGCUCAGGACGACUACGCCAUCUAAACUUUGUGCUUCCUGAUGCGAUGUUAAUGCAGCUGGUGUUGCUCUUCUGGAGGAUUUUAGUGUUACACAGUCUGAAAUGCUGCAUAUCAGCUGCCACUUCACUCUGAAUGCCACUACUGCUGUCGUUGUUGUUUUGUUCCUGCAGUGCUGCCUUCAGCUCCUUGUGCCCAGGAGAUCAUCAUCAGACUGUUCCCGUCUCGGCAACACAACACAGUGCUGUAUGUAGCUGUAUGUAUUCACAUGCACUCUUUUAAUAGUUACAGUCACGAGAAAAAUGUCCCAGAACUGUUUGCAGUUUCCUGGUUUUCUGCAUAAAGUGGUCAUGAAAUGUGAUCUGGUCUUCAGCAAAGUCACAAAUAUCAAGAAACAAUGUAUCUAAGCUGAUGUAACACAAACAGUCCAGAUCAU